GCAACUCUCAAUUAUCAAACAGGCGUGGGUGUGAAUGAGGCAUUGUGUAUAAAACACGCUCACUGCUGUUGACAGCACUAACAAAGAUGUACCAGCUGUUGAUCUUUGCGUUUCAAACAGUUUUGGCUCUGACAACUGGUGAGAAGAAGGAACUCUGUAAAACUGCCGACCGAUUGGACGACGCUCCGGAAAUCAACAUGAGCGACCCCUACUACUACAAAAGACUUAGAGAAGUACCUAUCAACACGUAUUGCAACAUAUCUGCAUCGGAAAACAAGUGUUAUGGAUUCGUGAAUGCGAGC